AUGAAGCGUCCCGACAAGCCGAACCGAUGGAAUCGGACGGACUAUGGAAGCGGCCAGCGCGAAGGACAUGUACCGCGUUUGGAGUCGCAAGUGUCCACAGACAUGGAAGUGGACAAUGUCAAGAUGCAAGGCAGUCGGAGGAAGGAUAGUAGCAACAUUCGCUGUUACAACUGUCAGAAGUUGGGGCAUAUCGCGACAGAAUGUCGGAAGCCCAAGAAGAAGAUAUCAAGGCAGGCACCGCCCAGCCACCAGAACAACCUCGAAGUCCAGGAGCAAGUGUCGAACGAUGAUGUUGAGCGUAUCUCGUUUGGAGUUGUCAAGGAAGUAAACGACGACAUGAGGACUGUGGGAACGGUUGUUCAAGUAGAGCCCGAAGCUGGAAAGAAGUCACCAGCGUUGAUGAUUAAGUCGGGUCGACAAGUUCUCAUUUAA